CCAAAAAAGACCAGCGUUCCUCUGGAGAGGAUUCCAGCCGCCUCUCUGCUGUGCACUCAGCUUUGUUCGUCUCUGCCUCCACUCUCUGAACAAGCUCUCCUCUUUCUCCUCGGCUGCUAGCAGAAACCCAAAAAAUCAACCAUGGAGGCCAUCAAGAAGAAAAUGCAGAUGCUGAAGCUAGACAAGGAGAAUGCUAUAGAUCGUGCAGAACAGUCCGAGAUAGACAAGAAAGGUGCAGAGGACAAAUGCAAACAGCUGGAAGAGGAGCUCUUGGGCCUGCAGAAGAAGCUGAAGGGUGUGGAGGACGAGCUGGACAAAUACUCCGAAUCACUGAAGGACGCUCAGGAGAAACUCGAGCAGGCCGAGAAGAAGGCCACAGACGCCGAGGCUGAGGUGGCGUCCCUGAACAGACGUAUCCAGCUGGUAGAGGAGGAGCUGGAUCGUGCCCAGGAGAGACUCGCCACCGCGCUACAGAAGCUGGAGGAGGCCGAGAAAGCCGCAGAUGAGAGCGAGAGAGGAAUGAAGGUGAUAGAGAACAGAGCAACAAAAGAUGAGGAGAAGAUGGAGAUCCAGGAGAUGCAGCUGAAGGAGGCCAAACACAUCGCUGAGGAGGCUGACCGCAAAUAUGAGGAGGUGGCGCGUAAACUAGUGAUUCUUGAGGGUGAGCUUGAGCGCUCUGAGGAGCGAGCUGAAGUGGCUGAGGCCAAAUCUGGUGACCUAGAGGAAGAAUUGAAAAAUGUCACCAACAAUUUGAAGUCCCUGGAGGCACAGGCUGAGAAGUACUCCACAAAGGAAGACAAAUAUGAAGAUGAAAUCAGGGUACUCACUGACAAACUCAAAGAGGUUGUAAAUGAAGGCUGUCUCACCGAAUCUCUUCUUGUUCUUGCGUCACCAGAGAAAGUGGCCCAGGCCAAAGAGGAGAAUCUGAACAUGCACCAAGUGCUUGACCAGACCCUUCUGGAGCUCAACAAUUUAUAAAGACGGAGUCUCGCAGCACAUAAGCUCUCCAGCGGGGCCUGACGCAGCUCUUUGCUUUGAUAAGUCAAUGUCUUAGAGUCACACACUUGCCGUUUUCUUUCCAAACAAAACAGCCCGAUGCAAACAAUGUCUUGCAAUAGCAGCGAAGCCAGCAGUACGUUAAACAAAUGAUCAACCUGGAUUUGUAGUAUUUGUAAGAAAUCCAUUGUGACCUAAUUUGAUUUAUUCUAAACAUUGUUUACUACAAAUAUAGCUUUUUGACCUCGACUGAAAAAAAUCCUGUAAUUCU